AUGGCGUCCAAGCAGCUUGUUUCCCUGUUCCUCGCCCUGACCGUCCUCUCCACUGCCCUGGCCCUGGUGCAUGGCUGCACGCCGUACUGUCCUACUCCGCCGGUGGUGCCGCCGCCGCCGUCUGGUGGCGGCGGCGGGUCGUGCCCGAUCAACGCUCUGAAGCUGGAGGUGUGUGCCAACGUGCUGAACCUACUGAAGCUCAACAUCCCCCCGAAGAACGAUCAGUGCUGUCCGCUGCUGGAGGGCCUCGUCGACCUGGACGCCGCCGUCUGCCUCUGCACCGCCAUCAAGGCCAACAUCCUGGGCAUCAACCUCAACGUGCCCGUCGACCUCAGUCUCCUCCUCAACAACUGCGGCAAGAUCUGCCCUGCGGACUUCACCUGCCCCGUUUAA